AUGCCUCGCCCCGCUCCUGACUAUAUCAAGCGAAUGGAGAAUACCUGCAACUGUCCAGAGGACCAGCUCCAAUUCAUUCUCCCCAUUGGUUUCAUGAUCUACCAGCGCAACUCAGAGUUCAUGCGGUACCACUCUAUGAGGUCACCGGAUCCCAACGCCACCGACGUGGCCAACUUGGCUCCCAUCCUCGAGGUUGAGAUGCCGUUCGCUCUCGAGGGAUAUGGAAUCCCCGGUAAUCAGGCUGAACAGUAUUCUCAGUUAUACCUCAACCACAUGCGUCACAGCGGCUGGGGCAGAUGGGACCAGCAGGGACCGUGGCCCACUCCGCCGCCUCCGCCUCUUCCUGCGCCACCACCCCGCCGUAAGCGUAGUUGUGUCGUGAUGUGA